CGUAUUCCCCUCUCCCUCUUUGAGUCCGUGGAAAAUGUCUACUGGUGGUACAGCAGUGUCUGUGGUCCAGGAGCCUCCAUCCAGCGGUUCCUCCACAUCACAAGCCUCUGGUGUAGCUUCAGAAGGGAAGGACGGCGCAAUCAAGCAGGCUGGAGGAGGUGAGGUAGGAGUCCCCGCACUGGCUCCCCCGGUCGUCCACAACCUGCAGACCCACAACGACGAGCUGCUGAGAACCAUUGCAGAGGUGGGGAAGGACGUGAAGCCAUCCUACACCAACAGCAAGAUGUCUGCAGACCGACUCAAGAGAAAUAUAGCUCUGGCCAGAACAGCUCUCAGAGACUGUCUCCUGGACAUUGAGAGACUCAACCAGACACUCACAAAGUAG